AUGGCGCCGGUCCCGCCGCAGGUGGAGCGGAUCCUGUCGGAGUUUCGGCUGAAGGAGGAGGACCUGAAGAAGGUGAUGUACCGGAUGCAAAAAGAGAUGGACCGAGGGCUGAAGCUGGAGACGCACGAGGAAGCCUCCGUCAAAAUGCUGCCCACCUACGUCCGCUCCACGCCCGAGGGCUCAGAGGUCGGAGAUUUCCUGUCGCUGGACCUCGGCGGCACCAAUUUCCGCGUGAUGCUGGUGAAAGUGGGCGAGGGGGAGGAAGGGCAGUGGAAGGUGAAGACGAAGCACCAGAUGUAUUCCAUCCCGGAGGAUGCCAUGACGGGGACGGCCGAGAUGCUCUUCGACUACAUCUCCGAGUGCAUCUCCGAUUUCCUGGACAAGCACCAGAUGAAGCACAAAAAGCUGCCCCUGGGCUUCACUUUCUCCUUCCCGGUGCGGCACGAGGACAUCGACAAGGGCAUCCUCCUGAACUGGACCAAGGGCUUCAAAGCCUCCGGCGCGGAAGGGAACAACGUGGUCGGGCUCCUGAGAGACGCCAUCAAACGGCGAGGGGACUUCGAGAUGGACGUGGUGGCGAUGGUGAACGACACGGUGGCCACGAUGAUCUCCUGCUACUACGAAGAUCACCGGUGCGAGGUUGGGAUGAUUGUGGGUAAGACGGCCCCUUCCCGCAGGGACACGCGGCGG